AUGGCUCUCCACCAGAUUCUGUGUGGUUUCGCUGUGGUCGUCGCUCUUUUAACCAAAGGUUGUCAAUCACAGCAGCCUGCAUGCGGCAAGGCGACACUCAACCCCAGAAUUGUUGGAGGUCAAAAUUCGUCUCCAGGGAGUUGGCCAUGGCAGGCCGAUUUAUAUCUUGAUGGCAGACAUUAUUGUGGAGGCUCCCUGAUCAACGAGCAGUGGGUGCUAACAGCUGCUCACUGCAUAGAUGAAGGGUCCCUAGUCGUCUACCUUGGUCGCCACAGCCAGUCUGGUAGCAACGUCAAUGAGGUGUCACGGGCAGUUGUUAAGGUCAUAACCCAUCCGCACUACGACCCCUUGACCUACGACAACGACAUAGCUCUUCUGAAGCUGAAUGACUCUGUGAGUUUUACUGACUACAUACAGCCGGUCUGCUUGGCCUCAGAAGGCAGCACUUUCCACGCCGGGACAAUCAACUGGGUCACUGGCUGGGGUGACACUAGAAAUAGUUCUAACAACGGCGACAUCCUUCAGGAGGUGGAUGUACCAAUAACAGGACACAAUGAGUGCAAUUGUUACUAUCAUGACCAAAUCACCAAGAACAUGAUCUGUGCUGGGUACAAAGAAGGAGGGAAGGACUCUUGUCAGGGAGACUCAGGGGGACCAAUGGUGACCAAAAUGGGCCAAAUCUGGAUCCAGAGUGGAGUUGUAAGUUUUGGUUACGGCUGUGCCGUGGCUAUGAAGCCUGGAGUCUACGCCCGCGUGUCCCAGUACGAGGACUGGAUCAGCAACCACACCCAAAGUAACACAACAGGCUUUGUUUUCUUCCAAUCUUCUGGCAAUGACACCGACGCAAACUUCACCUGUGUGAAACCUACCUUCACACCACACUUCACCACCGACGACUACCACCACUUCACCACCGACGACUACCACCACUUCACCACCGACGACUACCACCACUUCACUACUGAGGAUGGCAGUAUUUUUGGCAGUGGUGAAAGCGUGAUGCACUUCUCCCACUUCAAUCACUUCAUCUCACUCUGCGCUCUCGUUCUGUCACUCUGGGCUCUGGCUGGUAGCGAGUAA